AUUGCCAGCAAAGGUGAACCUACUUCAUCAAAAUGUCUGCAAUAUAUGCACUGCUUGGAUUACUGCUCUGUGUGCUUAUACCUAAUGGGGCAUACGCGCAAUACACCAAUGCGUGCGCCGAUGAAGAGGAUGGCACUCGACUGCCCUUGCUGUUGUCUUGCUCGCGCUUUAUAGUUUGCAUGGAACGGGAGAUAUCAGAAAUGCGUAAUUGUCCACGUGGCUUGCAUUUCAAUCCUGAGCUGCGCGAAUGUGAUUUUCAAUGGCGUGCUGGCUGCACUGCUCUAUCGUUGUUUGGCACUGGUACUGCCGACGCCGAUGAUGAUUGCACCUGCACUUGCUGCCAAGAGGAGUGCCAGAGUACCACGAAUACAACGCCUUGUCCGCCAUCUGGAGGGACCACCAAGUCGAGUGAGAGUGUGGACGACAAUACUAAGAGCACGUCAUCGUCGGCUGCAACGCCAACUGGUUCCACAGAUGCCCCCGCAACAGACAGCAGCGAUGAUGAUGUAACCAAUACAGAUGCCAGCAGGCAACUGAUGUCACAGAAGGUACAGCUGCCUACAGAUGUAACGGAUGUGCCUCAAAACACUGAUGAUCCAGCCGAUAUUUUGGUGCCCGCUUACUGCAGCGAUAAGCGCUCCAGCUGCGUCAACAAGGAUAAUGGUGCCAUGCUCCCAGUGAGCGGCAUCUGCACGAACUAUAUUCAAUGCAAUCACGGCUGCUGCACGGAGUUUACUUGCCCUAGUGGACUUUGGUUCAAUCCCGAGUAUAACAACUGCGACUACUUCUGGAACGUUGACAGCUGCAUUCCCAACGGCUCUAGCGAUACUGAUGGCGAAAUUGUUGGCCCAUCGGGCACCACGUGCUCGGAUCAGGGUGUCUGCGCUGGCAAGCGUGAUGGUUACAUGUGUGCAGAUCCCAAGACCAACGGCUACUUUGUCUGCCAAUGCCAGUGCCCCAAAGCCAUGCCCUGCGAUAAGAACACCAAAUUUAAUGAAACAGCCCAAGUUUGUGAUUGGGACAAGGCUGCAGCCGCCAAUGUACUCUGUCCAAAUGGUCUGGUCUAUAAUGCGACAUCCAGUCAGUGCGACUAUCCGGAGGGUUAUGUGCCUAAAGUUGUCUGCAAUAAUACGGAAACUAUAUGCCAGGGCAAGGAGGAGGGCACUCUCUUUCCCAUGGAAGGGGUUUGCAAUAAGUUCUACAAGUGCAACUAUAAUUGCGCCGUCGAGCAAGAUUGCCCCAAUAACUUGCUAUACGACAGCAAUACCCAACUAUGUGACUAUCCUCAGAAUGUAAACUGCAAGUGGCCGCACAGUCCACCAAGUGGACCCAACGCUGGACCUUCUGGCAUAUCCUGCGAAUCUAAUGGUCGUUGCUUGGGUCAAAAUGAAGGCACAAUCUUCCCAUCUGAGAAAAACUGCGGCUCAUACUCAAUCUGCCAGUGUGAGUGUGAGGUGGAAAUGAGUUGUCCAGAUGGCUUAUACUGGGAUACUACGUACUUAACUUGCAACUAUGCAAACCUUGUUAAAUGCAAUCUUAAGCCUUCUCUUUGCAUUUGUCUUGCAAUUGCACUUUACGUGCCGACGGUCUCUGCCGCUUGCUGUGAAGAUGGUGAAACCAAACGCGAUGACGAUGACUGUACCAUGUAUUAUUACUGCUGCACAGGGGAAUUCGUGCAUAAGUCCUGUGGUGAAGGUGAAUGCUGGAAUAACAGGACAAACUGUUGCGAAGUAGAUAUCGGCCAGUGCUACUGCGAUAUCCCUGAGCCUGAUUGUGAGGAGGGUUCUACCAAGUGGGAUUCCUAUGACUGCGCCAAAUAUUACCAAUGCUCCAAAGGACAAUAUGUCUCAAUGUCUUGUCAAGAUAAGUACUACUUCAACAACAGAACACAAAAGUGCGAAGUAGACAAAGGACAAUGCAAGGCGGUUUGUACAGAAGGAACUAAUACGACGGAUUCCGCUGACUGUACCAAGUUCUACAAGUGCUCUAAUGGACAGUUGGUCUCUGUCAGUUGUCCCGUUAACCAGUACUACAACAACAAGACGUAUGAUUGCGAAGAUGACAAAGGACAAUGCAAGGCGGUUUGUACGGAAGGAACUAAUACGACGGAUUCCCUUGACUGUACCAAGUUCUACAAGUGCUCUAAUGGACAGUUGGUCUCUGUCAGUUGUCCCGUUAACCAGUACUACAACAACAAGACGUAUGAUUGCGAAGAUGACAAAGGACAAUGCAAGGCGGUUUGUACGGAAGGAACUAAUACGACGGAUUCCCUUGACUGUACCAAGUUCUACAAGUGCUCUAAUGGACAGUUGGUCUCUGCCAGUUGUCCCGAUAACCAGUACUACAACAAUAAGACGUAUAAAUGCGAAGUAGACAAAGGAGAAUGCAGACCGGUCUGUACAGAAGGAUCCAAUAUGACGGAUACCGCAAACUGUACCAAGUUCUACAAGUGCUCCUCUGGACAGUAUGUAUCCGUUGCUUGCGACGUUGGUUACUACUUUGAUGGAAAAAACUGUGCCAAAAAUACUGGACAAUGCGUCGUGGAUCAAGAGAAUUGCAAGGAAGGAGAAAUUACACCAAAUCCCGGUAACUGCGCAGGAUAUUUAGAAUGCAUCAACAAUCAAAACGUUGCGAAGAAGUGUCCACCAUCUACCUUCUUUAAUGUAACAGCGAAUGCUUGCACUUACGAUACUGAUGGCGUGUGUAUACCGAAAGAUUGUGACCCGGAGUGCUGCGACCAGCCCAACGGUUGGCUAAGCUCUGUUGACAAGAAUUGCUCCGCCUUUAUGCAAUGCGCGGGCGGCAAAUCAGUUAUUAAAAGAUGCGGCUAUAAUCUCCAAUUCAAUAACGACACCAAGCAGUGUGAUUAUCCCCAGAAUGUUCGCUGCGAUGAUGGAACUCUCCCACCUAGCGGUCCCACUGCCGGGCCUUCUGGCCUUGCUUGUCCAAGUGGGGGUGUUUGUGUUGGUAAACCUGACGGAGAAAUGUUUGGCAGCACAACCAAGACAUGUUCUUCUCAAUACAUUAUUUGUCAGUGUGAGUGCGAGGUGCAGAUGAACUGCGCUCCAGGAACUAUGUAUAACGCAAAUAUUUACGCCUGCGAUUGGCCUCAGAAUGUGAAAGGUUGCUAAACUAUAUAUUAUUAAUAAACAUUACUAAAGCUCAA